AUGGUUAACAUUUCCGCUGAGCGCUUCUCACCAAAGCGCUUGUCGCCCUCCAAUAUCAAGGCUAAGAUUCAGCCUCACCUCCACUGGAAGGUGCCUAUGGAGGAGGGCGUAUAUAAAGAUCCACGAUGGUCUAACCCUGAUUUGGACCCAGUCAAGCCGGAAGACCGUACCUGGGGUGCUUUGGCUUACUGGACCAGUGAUAUGCUGGCACCGCCCCUAGCUUCAACGGUAUCUUCAGUUAUGAGUUUGGGUUUCACAGCCCGUGAAACCAUCCCGAUUGUGUUUUGUGGGUUCGCAAUCUGCUCUGGUGCAUUGACCCUCACGGGAAAGAUGGGAGCUCGAUAUUCAAUCCCAUUUCCAGUCUUGGUCCGCUCGAUGUUUGGAAUGUACGGCAGCUAUCCAGUGAUCGUCCUUCGAGCAUUCGUGGCUGCCAUGUGGACGGCAAUUCUGUGCGUGCAGGCAGGUGACUUUCUGAACAACUGUAUCACAGCGAUUUGGCCAAGUUUCGCGAACUUUCCAAAUCACUUGCCCGAAAGUGCUGGUAUCACUUCGGCAGGACUUCUUUGUUUCUUCAUAUACUGGAUUUUCCAGACCAUUCUCGCUCUGAUGCCUAUCAAGAAACUUCGACUUUUGUUCCUCAUCAAGGGUAUUGUGGUACCUCCAACUUUCCUAGCAUUGUUCCUCUGGGGUGCAAUCGUAACCCACGGUGGAGGGCCUCUCGUCACAGGUCAGGCAAAGAUCACCUCUUCGUACAUGAACACAGCAUAUUCUGCUCUCACAGCAUUGAACGUAAUCAUCGGUCUUUUCAGCAGCAUGGCUGUCAACUUUCCCGAUUUUGCCCGAUUCUCAAAGAACAAUUUGAGUGGUUAUAAUCAAUUCUUUGCCCUUCCAAUAAUCGGCACAUUCGGUGCUUUGACACCCAUCUUUGUCACUUCGGCACACAGCUAUAUCUGGGGAGAAUUUGAAUGGUAUAUGCCAGCAGUGAUUGCGAAGUUUGAUUCCCGAGCCGCCAAGUUUUUCACUGCAUUCAGCUUCAUGCUGGCUACCAUCGGUAACCAGAUCGCAGCAGGUCUCUACCCAAAAUAUCUCAACAUCUUCCGAGCAACCUUGAUUAUUUCUCUCUUCUGUGUAGUCUCGAAUCCUUGGCAGAUUAUCAGAAACGCAAGUGGACUACUUGCAUUCCUGUCUGGAUACAGCAUGUUCAUGGGUGCGGUAUGCGGAGUCAUGUGCUGCCAAUAUUACCUCAUUCUUAAGAAGAAGCUCAACAUCCAUGAGUUGUACAACGGUCAUGGUAUUUAUCGAUACUGGCAUGGCAUCAACUGGAGGGCAUACGCGGCCUUCUUUGUCGCCAUUGGUCCAUUGCUACCGGGAUUCUCCAAGAGUAUCGAUAACAAUCUGGAUGUCGGCGGUGCAUGGAAAAUAUACACCUUCUCUUGCAUAUAUGGCUUCACCGUUAGUGGCCUGGUAUAUUACCUGAUUUGCAACUAUGUUUCAGACAUUGGCCCAGCCAAGAUUGAUGAGGCUGUAUACCCACCAGCUAAGAUGCAGAGUUCUGAUGUCGAAAUUGGUAUUCCCGAUUCCGAGGAUGCGUCCUUCGAGGAGAAAACAGGUGGAGUUGAGGUCAAGGUGGGACCCAAGGAUUUGGAAGGCUGA